AUGAGGGUAAUCUGUGUUUUAUUCAUCGUAAUUGCGCUGUGCCACGCCGCUCCGGGUCCAUCUGAUGAAAAAAUUGAAAUAUUCUCUGGAGUCACUAUUAACAAAAAUGCAUUGGGUGAAAAAAAUCUCAAUAUCAAAUUGGAGGCGGAAGAUUUAAAGGGUGCAGUGAAAACAUUUGAAGAAGCUCGAGCCAAGAUAACGAAAUACUCACCACUCCUUGCUGGGAUUGGUGUUAAAGUGGUGGCAGUAGUAGGACUUCUGUUUGGAGCUCUAACCCUGUUGGUUACAAAGGCUCUGGUCAUAGCUAAGCUUGCCUUCCUGGCUGCGGCUGCACUUGGACUCCAUAAAUACUUCAGCGGCGAAGGAUUCAAUAGCAUAAGCAAGGCGUCUGGUUUCCCAACUUCAACACAGCAAUGGGCAUCACCAUCUGCGUCUGGUACUUCGUACCCUUACGCCAGAUCAGUGUCACAAGAUUCAAACGACUUGGCCUAUAAAGGUCAAAUACCCUCUUAA